AUGGCGACCUCAGAAAGAACAUCACAGCAGACCAAGCCGUGGCACUUGGUCAGGGCAAGGCACGAGAGCCUCUUCAACCCUCACCAGCGAUACUGGUAUCAGAAUGUCGGAUACGUGCUGGGGUCGCUUCUCAACAGCUCUGGAUACGCCCAGAUGAGCCAGAUCAACAUCCUUCACCACUUCGCGAACCUCGUCACACCACAUCUGGGCUCUGCAUUUCGCAUAGGACUGCCACGAUGGAGAAGCUUCAUGACAGACGAUUUCACGCCUGUGCAAUUGAGCUGGGACUUUCACACAGGCACUGAGAAACCGACUAUUAACUAUUCUAUCGAGCCGAUCGGACUGGAUGCCGGCACGGCUGUGAAUCUACAAAACGCCAGGGCCGCGGAAGACUUCAAGAAGGAUCUGUUGGAAGCCUUCCCAGAGACCAACACUACUCUGUUCGAACACUUCCGUUCAUGUUUCGACCAAAUGUGGAUAGGGGGUGGCCCAGGUCAUCAGUCCACCAUGUUCUGGGGAUUUACGCUUGAGGAGAACGCAAUCAUGAACAAAGCCUACUUUUUCCCGGGCGCCAUGGCGCGAGCAACACACCAACCCACGCUGGCCGUGAUUCGAGGUGCAGUCGAAUCCGUCCCUGGAUACAGUCAAGGGAAGCUGGCUUCCUUCAAGCCCUUUGCCGACUAUGUGAGUCAGCGUCCAGAGCUGCGUCUUGAGAUUGAGAUGUUUGCACUGGACUUGGUUAAGGAAGAUGAGUCGAAACUGAAAGUUUACUUUCGGGAUAGAAGGACAAACUUUGAGGCUGUUAAGGAGACGAUGUCUUUGGGAGGGCGACUGCAAGAGCCGAGCUUUGAAAUGGGAAUUCAAAAGCUACGUCGGCUUUGGGAUGCUUUGCUGGGAACGCAAGGUGUACCUGAUAACGUCGCACUUCCUUACAAGAAUCACAGAACGGCUGGGAUUCUGUACCACUUCGAGUUCGGCAUGGACGGCCAGCCGCCAAAGAUCAGGGUCUAUAUACCAGUGCGGCAUUACGCGGAAAACGAUCAGCAAGCCCUCAACGCCUUGACAGGAUUCAUGGACGAAGAGGCUGGCGAAUAUGGUAGCCAAACAUUUCUGGAGAGUGCGACGAGAUACUCGGAAUGCCUGCAGAGCACUUUUGAUUCAGCGGCCCUUGAGAACAGUCUUGGCGUACAGACUUACAUCAGCUAUUCUAUAGAAAGUGACGGGAAUCUGAGGAUCGUAUCUUAUAUCAAUCCCCAGGUGGGAAAGUUGCGCAACCGCGUACUUUGA